AUGUCUUCCACUACUGUUUUGAUUUCUGGAGCUUCUGGCUUCAUCGCUUUGCACACCGUCCAAGAGCUUGUUAAGCAGGGCUACAACGUUGUUGGCUCUGUCAGAAGCGAAGAAAAGGGUGAAUACGUCAAGAAGGCUUCUGGUAACCCUGAAAAAUUCACCUACGAGAUCGUUGAAGAUAUCGAGAAGGAAGGUGCUUUCGAUGACUUCGUCAAGAAGCACCCAGAGGCUACUGUCUUCUUGCACACCGCUUCUCCAUUCCACUUUAUUGCUCCUGAUGUCGAGAGAGACUUGCUCUUGCCUGCUAUCAACGGUACCAAGAACGCCUUGAAGUCCAUUAAGGAGAACGGCUCCAACAUCAAGAGAGUUGUCGUUACUUCUUCCUACGCCGCUAUUGCUUCCCCAGAGAAGUCCAAGCAGGCCGGUAAAGAGUGGGACGAGUCCUCCUGGAACGACAUCACCUGGGAACAGGCUUUGGAGAACCCAUUCUUGGGCUACUUCGGUUCCAAGACUUUUGCUGAGAAGGCUGCUUGGGACUUCGUUAAGGAAGAAAAGCCUGGCUUUGUUCUCUCCACCGUCAACCCAGUCUACGUUUUCGGCCCACAGCCAACCAACGAGUUCAACUCCACCCAAUUGAACACCUCUUCUGAGAUCAUCAACUCGAUCUUGAAGAUCAAGGACACCGAGGCUAAGGUCAACUCAUACAACGGUGCUGCUGUUGAUGUUCGUGACGUCGCCAAGGCCCACCUUGUUGCUUUCGAGAAGGACGAGGCCAAGGAACAGAGAUUGCUUUUGUCUUCUGGCAAGUUUACCCAGCAGACCGUCUUGGACGUUUUGCAUGUCAACUUCCCAAGCGAAGCCCAGCAUGUUCCUAUUGGCGAGCCAGGUUCUGACAGAGAGGAGAUCAAGACCACAGCUUCCCCUAAGAACGACAAGACCAGAAAGAUCUUGGGCUUUGAGUUGAUCUCUGUGGAGCAAUCUAUUGUUGACAGCGCCAAGCAGAUUCUUGAAGUUGAGGACAAGCUUAAGACCACUGAUCUUAACUCCAAGCACCAGCAAUUGUAA